CCCACCCCGUUUGCCGUUUAAUUACGAGCUGCCCGGCCCGGCCGCUAGCCCCGGUGUGUGGGGGUGGCGGGGAGUUCCCUCCGCGGCACCCGCGUUCCCGUACCUCGCGCACAGCCCGCCGGCCGCCAUCUUCGUUCCCCUCUCACGUGACCCGUUAUCCGCCGUACCGGCCGGCGCCAGCAUCACGUGACGGGGACCCGCUCUUCCCUCGCCCCCCCCCCCCAUCAUGUGACAGACACGGGCAGCAAGAUGGCGCCGUCCAGUGAGCUGAGAUGUGAAGUCAGAUGAAUAUCAGACGUGGAGAGAGAAAUUAAAUCUGCUCUAGCUGUCAGGAACUGUAAAGGAGAAGUUGUGCAACUAAAUGAAAGAACAGGAGGCGUUGCAGUAGGAUGAAAGUGAACUUUUACUAAUGGACCAAGGACUGUAUUGAAAAUUUUGGAAUCUGACAGUUGUAAAGAUUCUGAAAUCACAGGAUGCCGCUGACUGGAACCAUGUUAAACAAACCAGUGCUUUUGGAAUCCCUGAUUGUGUUCAUCAUUGUGUUGUGUGUGCACACAGUAGUUUGGGACCGGUAUUCCUGGUGUGUUAUUGCUCUUGCUAUUCAGGCUUUUUAUGUCCAAUUUAAAUGGGACCGUCUACUCCGACUGGGUGCGGCCGUAUUCCAGUUUCGGACGACAGCUAACAGUGGCCUACUACCAGCUAGUAUGGUCAUCCCACUCCUGGGGAUUGUGAUGAAGGAGAGAUGCAAGGCUGCUGGCAUUGUGUACUUUGAACGUUUUGGCAUAGUUGUGGCCUCCACAGGCAUGGUGCUAGCCCUCUUCCUAUCUGUAAUAGCAGUUGGCAUCACAAGGCCUGUGCCAACUAACACCUGCAUACUUUCAGGCAUUGCUGGCAGUAUAAUCCUCUAUACCAUGAAGUAUUCUUUAACUGUUUCUGAAGUGAUAGAGGUUCUGGAAGUGCUGCUUAUUUUUGUCUACCUCAGUAUGAUCUUGCUCUAUCUGUUGCCUCGAUGUUUUACUCCUGGGGAAGCAUUACUAGUCCUUGGCGGUAUAAGUUUCAUCCUCAAACAGCUCAUUAAACGCUCACUGAACGUGAUAGAGGGCAGAGGGGAUCCUGUAGACUUCGUCCUUCUAGUGGCAGUGGCUGGGGUGGUCCUUCUUGGAAUUUUCUUCACUGCUCUCUUCUUCUUCAUGGAUUCAGGAACCUGGACAUCCUCCAUGUUUUUCCACAUGAUGACAGCAGUGCUGGGACUGGGGGUCCUCAUGCCUUGGCUUUACCAUCUGAUUCGAAGGAAUCCCUUGGUCUGGCUGCUCCAGUUUCUGGUUCAGACACAGACAAGAGUUUACCUCCUUGUGUACUGGACCCUGUUGGCUGCCUCUGCAUGCAUGGUGGUUCUUUACCAGAAUUCCAAGAGAUCAUCUGAAUCUAAAAAGCACCAAGCUUCAACCAUAACCAGAAAAUACUUCCAUUUCAUCGUGGUGGCUACUUACAUCCCUGGCCUAAUUUAUGACCACCAGCUUCUCUACAUUGCUGCAGUGCUGUGUCUGGUAGUGUUUAUCCUUUUAGAGUACAUACGAUACUUCAGGAUCAAGCCAUUUGGCCAAACACUCAGGCACUUGCUCACUCUCUUCUUGGAUGAACGAGAUAGUGGACCUCUGAUCUUGACUCACAUUUACCUACUUGUUGGGAUGUCCCUUCCAGUGUGGUUGUUCCCCAGGCCUUGUGCUCCGAAAGGUACCCUGCCUGGGGCAGGAGCAUUGGUUCCCUACUCUGGGGUACUGGCAGUAGGGGUGGGAGACACAAUAGCCUCAAUUUUUGGCAGUACAAUAGGGGAAAUCAAAUGGCCGGGGACAAAGAAGACGUUUGAAGGGACAAUGACUGCCAUCUUUGCUCAGAUCAUUGCUGUGGCUCUUAUUCUGAUCUUUGAUGGCAGAGUGAACCUGAACACCAGCUAUGCCUGGAUUUUGGGGUCCAUCAGCUUAGUUUCCCUUUUGGAAGCCUACACUACCCAAAUAGACAAUCUGCUCUUACCUCUCUACCUCCAGAUACUACUCAUGGCUUAGAGACAUUGCCAGGAACAGAGACUUUCUUUCUAGCUAGGGGUGAUAAUGAGCCAUGCAUCCCUGUUGAGAGCUCAGUUGAGCCAGUUUGGUAUGAAAUGCUAUAUUUGGUAUAGCGGGUAGAACAGCUAAUGACAGAAAGGAAAUAGUUCUUCAACUCUUAAUUUACAAUAAAAGUAAAGGCUUCUGUUUGUUUUUUGUUUAUUAUUUAAUAGCUAAAGCAGCACUAACUGUUGCAUCCUCUCAGAGGAGUAACAGGAAACCAUCCACAUGAUACUGUGAUUCGUAUAGCUGGUGAUGCUGAAUUAGAUAUACAGUCAUAGUGAUUUUGUUUCCAGGUCUCUUCUGGAUGCACUGAAGCAGAAGGGGUGAGAAAGAUGAGUUCACUAGAAGGGAAAAGACGGGGUCAUUACAUUUUCCUGGUUUUGCUACCUUAGAAGUUUGAAAUAGACACGGUUCACCAGAUGUAUGUAGUGGUGUUGAAGCCAUAUUGGUCCCAGGAUGUUAGAGAGACAAGGUGAGUGAGGUAAUAUCAUUUAUUGGGCCAACUUCUGUUGGUGAGAGAGACAAGCUUUCGAGCUACACAGAGCUCUUCUUCUGGUGACCUCAACAAGAGCUCCUCGUAGCUCCAAAGCUUGUCUCUCUCACCAACAGAAGUUGGUCCAAUAAAUAUUACCUCACCCACCUUGUCUCUCUGUUCACCAGCACAGGCUCCUACAAAGCUUGUGCACUGUAUUAGUUUGCCACCGGGUUGGGUCCUGGCAUCUUAUAUUAUUGCCCAUGUGAAUUCUGCCUCUUUCAAUAAAAGCAUGCUGUUGCAGUGAGGGUGUGCACCACCUGCACCAUAGCAUCAAGUUGUAUGAA